AUGAGAAAGCCGCAGCUUCCGGCAGCGCAACGCCAAACCAAGUUGAGCGCUUUCACGCAGCCAAAGUCGAAGCAGCCAGAUCCGGCACCGGUGCCCAGCCGCGCAGAUCGUGCAGCGCAAGGCCCAGAAGGCGCCAAAGUGGCUGAGCUAGCAGCUGCUGUGGAUGUGGAAGGUGAAGAAGGGAAGUUUGGCGACGAGGAGCUGGCUGCUGCAGCCCGGGAUAUGGGGCUGACCAGAUGCGAAUUCCAAGGCGCCGGCAACGAAAAGGCAACACGAUCUUUGAAAGAGGCGGUGCUGUUCUACGAAUCCUUUCUGGAUGAAGUGGUGGUGGCGCUCCCCAAGUUGCUGAGCUUUUGCGAAUGGAACACAGAAUGCCAAGCUGAGUUGGAGACGCUUGCUUGCGGCAUCGAGCAGAACACGUGCAUUUUCACUGACAUUGCCCAGUUUUUCCGCCCAGAGCUCUACGAAGUGCUUGAAGAGUUGAAGAAGAAGCCGUCGAUGGCUGUGGAAGUUCUCAGCCCGCUCUUGGCUGCCCAAAGCGCCAUGCGGAGGAAGGCGCACUGCGCGCGCCACAGCAAGCUAUGCUUCAUUGGCACAGCAAGAAUGCACACGGCAGGAAGCAGUUGCACUGCCCACAGCAAACAAGGGAAGCAGUUGGGGCUGGCAGACCCCAAUGUGCUUCACCUUUUAGCGUGGAUCGGACUGAGGCUGGAGGUGCAGGAGUAUGAAAUAAGUUUGGAGAACGUUGAGAGCUUCCCAUCUCACAUUCUGGAGCGGCUCCUGGGCAAGUACUACGUGAUAGAGUCGCAGGUCAUGGAUCCAAGAAUGUUUGGGAACUUGGGCAGCACAGCAAAGCAGUUUUUGCAAGACCUUUUUUCUUCUCAAGCGAGGCAAAGCCUCAUCAUAGCCUCAUUGCGAUGA